UAGAAAAAGUGUAUAUUUCCGGUUAUUGAUAGACCUAAAAAAAAAAAACGAUUAGAGUAAUUAUUUGACUACCUGAAAUCAUCAUGUCAAAUAAACCUAAACAAAGCCCAAACACACUGGGUUACACUAACACCACUUAUAGAGAAAAGAUGACACAGAUGAGUGAACAGGAAAAGAUCAUUGAAGAAAAGAAGAGAAAAAUUCUUGAAAAAAUGAAGGCAGAUGAAAUAGCUGCAGUGACAAAAAAUUCAACAGCAGCACCUACUUCUACACCUCCAGUUACUGGAAAGAGGCCUGGGUUUCCAGCUAAGAAGUCAAAGUUUGGAACUCACCUCCCAGAAGUAAAGAAGGAACCUCAAAAGACUGCUGCUACUCCAUUUUUUGUGAAUGAUGGAAACUUUAUGGAAAGAUUUAGACAAAUGCAAGGGCUUGCAUCAGCAAGUAGAAUAACAGCUGCAACUGUAAAAGAGGAAAAGAAAGACAAUGUAGAAAACCAAAAAGACAAAGACUCAGAACCAAAAAAUCAGCUACAAGUUAAUCCUUUAACAGCAAAUCAACAGACAGCAUUUGGUGAAAACUAUCCACCACAGAACCCCCCUCCUAGACCACAAGUACCACUGGAACAACCACGUCAACUGAGACCUUUCCCACAUGGAAGGCCUCCACCUCCUGCAAGACCACCUCCAGGACAGGCACCAAAUCAACCACCACUCUUAAUGACACACAAUGUUGGUCCUCCAGGUCAAAGACCCAGGAUGCCAAUGCCACCAAGACCCUUAAUGCAACAAAACUUAGAGCCACCUGUCAGUAGCCCAAAUAUUUCAGAGCCUCAACAACCAAUACUACAGCAGCUACAUCCUCUUAGACCUUUUCUACAACAGCCACCUAGCUCACAGCCAAUGCCACUGAUGGCACAACAAAUAUUGCCCCCUGGUCAUAGACUACCUCCUCCACAACCACUAGGUCAGAUGCCACAUCAACCUCCUGGUACUGCCUCAUUGCAAUUACAGUCUCCUGAUCAGAUGCCACCUCAGCCUCAUGGACAAAUGCCACCACAUUCUUUGAUGCCACAAGGAAUGCCACAAAGGCCACCUCCAAAUAUUCAACAGGGACCACCAAGACCACAUAUGUCUGUAAUACCUGGUGGGCCACCACAUCAAGGAGCAUUGCCACCAAGACCACCUCCUCCAUCCAUGUUUCAAGGUCAGCAACAUCCACAAUUCCCCCCAGGAACUGAGUCUUUUCAACCAGGGCCACAUCAUCCUGGACUUCCUCGCCCAAUGUUCUCUGCAGCUCCUCCACAACCAGGACAACCUCCAGUUAUCAAUUUUCAAAGUGCACCACCGCGUCCUCCACCACAACAUCACGAGGACCCAGAGGAGUAUGACCCAUCAGAACCUACAUCUCCUACAUUGGAAAAACAUAAAGGAAAACAUCAUGGAUCUCAUAUUAACAAUGGCAGUCAGGAAAAAUUUGAAUAUGAUGAAUAUGGAAAUCUAAUUGAUAAUGGUUCAGAACAAUUAUUUGAUGAUUAUGGAAAUCCCAUAGACCAGAAAUCAGGGAUAUUAUUUGAUGAUUAUGGGAAUCCUAUCAAAGUUAAAAGGGAAUCUGUAGACGAAUAUGACCCAUCAGUUCCAACAGAAGCAGACUCACCAGAUAAAACAUUAUCUUUUCAAAUGAAGAAAGAAAACACCAGUCAAUCUAAGAAACCAUUGAUAAAAGAAGAAGGUACAGGAGAUGUUGGUAAAUCAUCCAGGAACCUGACCAAUGUAUUUGAUACAGUAGAAGACAGAGGUGACACAGAGGACAAAAAGGAAACAGUAGUUUUUCCACCACAGGAUCCUGUUACCACAGCAACCAUUGAUAAGUUUGCAGCUGAUGUAGCAAAGGGAGGCCCAGAGGUGGAAGUGAAGGUUUUCUGCUCCAGUCGAAAGAAUCCAGAUUUUUGGUUUUUGUAUGAACAGAAAAGUGAUGCAUAUAAAUAUUACAGAUAUAAAGUAAUGGUGUUAUCUGGAAAGUCAUUUGAAGACAACAAAGAAGAAAAUGUAAAACAGGAAAGUAAAGGAAAGAAGAGGAAAAGUAGAUGGGGAGCAGAAGAUGAUAUUGUUCCUCCUAUUCUAUCACACAUACCUACACAGCAUGCACCAACAGUGACUUUAGAAGACUUUGCUCGUCGUAUGGUUGGUAGUUCUGAAAUGACAGAAGAACAGCUGAAACAAAUUAGAGAGCAACAGGAGAUGAAUAUGAUGUAUCAGUUAAUUAUUGCUCAGAAGAAAGCUCAGGAGGCAGCCUUGGCUGAUGCACAAGGAUUGAAAGCUGCUCAGAAAUAUGAAUAUGAUUCUGAUGAAGACAUAGAAGGUGGAACAUGGGAACAUAAACAGAGAACAUCUGAAAUGCUGGCUACUAGAGAAUGGGCAGAUAAGUUAACAGAAUCUAACAAAGGAAAACAUUUUAUUGGUGAUUUCUUGCCACCAGAUGAACUAGAAAGGUUCAUGGAAACUUACAAGGCAUUGAAAGACGGAAGAGAGCCAGAUUUCUCUGACUACAAGGAAUUUAAAUUGACCUGUGAAAAUGUAGGGUACAAGAUGUUGGAGAAGUUAGGAUGGAAAGAAGGAGAAGGAUUAGGACAAGAAAGUCAAGGCAUUGUUGAUCCUGUUAAUAAGGGGAAUGUAUCCGUAGAAGGCAGAGGUUUAGGUAUAGAAAGACCAGCAGAACUUGGAGCAGAAGAUGAUGAAUUUGAUGCUUACAGGAAGAGAAUGAUGUUAGCAUACAGAUUCAGGCCUAAUCCAUUGAACAACCCAAGAAGACCAUACUAUUAGUGAAUGAAGACAAUGAAGAUGAAAGACAAAGUUAAUAUACAGACAAAAAUGAAAAAUAUAUGUAGACAAUUACUGUGAUUAUUGUAAGCCUCUAUAAAACAAAAGUGGCUUACCCAUCUACAAAGCAGUCAAAUGUAUCCAUGCAACUAAGAAUUUUGGCUAUGCUUUGGUAAACUCGUAAAACCAAUAAUCGAAUAAUAUUUUUAUGAAAUCUUAAGUUAUGAUUUCACCCUGAAGAUUUUGUGUGAUGUGUGUCCAAAAUUGGGGAAAUUCCUGUUUUGAAAGUUCUUCAGUGUCCGAUGAUUUCGUGCAUGUCUUCUGAUAAAAGUUCAUAUUGGAAAGAUUUUACCAAAUUCUGUUCAGUUUGAACAAAACAGACAACUCAGAAUGCAGAGCAAAAUUUAUUUCAUUUUGAUAAAAUUUGCCUUAAAAUGAAACAAAUUUAUUUGAAAAUGUCAUAAUUUUAUUGGAAGAUUGUUAAAUAUGGGGUUGCUUUUUAUAAAUUUAUAUUAAUUUUAACCUAUUUUGUCCCUUUGGAAGACUAAAACAAUUACAAAAAUAUUCUAUUUAUUUUACAUUGCGGAUAUGAAAAAAUCAGGUAAUGACCAAACUCACUGGUCUGUGCUGACACAUGGGAUUCCACUUUACUUCAAUAUUUCAGUAUUGAGAAUGGCUAUGUUGUUUUCAAAUAAUUUUUUUGGAGGUAAUGCGAUAAAAAUGUCAUAUAAGUGAAAAAAUUCAAAAGAUUAGGUUUGCAGUCUUGAUUUUUGAAAUUGUGGUUGUGAUUAUGUCCUCUAUUGAAGCAACAUUAAACAAUUAAG